CUGAUAUAGAUUGCUGCGUCGCCAAGUAGGGCAAUUCUCUCUCUCCCUCCCUCCCUCGCCCCUCCUUUCGGAGCGACCAAGAAGAAGAGAAGAGAGGGGAGGCGCCGCCGGCAGCCGACGGCGACGAGAGAAGCAGGAGAUGGCGGUGGUGAGCUCCGCGAGUGGCCUCCUGGCGAUGCUUCAUGAGCCGCACCCGGCGCUCAAGCUACACGCCCUCGACAAGCUCAACUCCCUCGUCCCACUCUUUUGGCCCGAGAUCUCCACCAGCGUCCCCACCAUUGAAAGUUUAUAUGAAGACGAGGAGUUUGAUCAGAGGCAACUUGCUGCAUUGGUCGUUUCCAAGGUCUUUUACUACCUCGGAGAGCUCAACGACUCAUUAACAUAUGCACUUGGUGCUGGUCCCUUGUUUGAUGUCUCUGAGGAUUCCGAUUAUGCUCAUACUCUUCUUGCUAAGGCACUAGAUGAAUACGCCAGUCUUAGGUCCAAGACUACAAAACCAAGUGAAGAGGAAGAAAAGGUGGAUCCACGAUUGGAGGCUAUAGUGGAGAGAAUGUUGAACAAGUGUAUUUUGGAUGGCAAAUAUCAACAAGCCAUGGGAAUGGCUGUUGAAUGUAGAAGACUAGACAAGCUAGAGGAAGCAAUUAGUCACAGCGAUAAUGUUCAAGGGGCGCUCUCAUAUUGCAUCAAUCUUUCCCACUCUUUUGUAAACCAUAGAGAAUACCGCUGCGAGGUUCUCCAUCUUCUAGUUAAAAUAUAUCAAAGAUUGCCUUCUCCUGACUACUUGAGCAUAUGCCAAUGUCUCAUGUUUUUAAAUGAACCAGAAGCUGUGGCAAGCAUUUUGGAAAAACUUAUGCUAUCUGGCAGUAAGGACGAUGCUCUCCUGGCAUUUCAGAUUGCCUUUGAUUUGGUGGAAAAUGAACAUCAAGCCUUCCUGCUAAAUGUGAGAAAUCUUCUGCCAGACUCAAAGUCUCAAGCUUUAAAUCGUGUAAACCCUGACCAUGGAUCCACUCUACCAAGUUCCCAAAAUGGAAAUGCAAGCACAGACGAUACAACGGCUACAACAGAAGAUGUUCACAUGGCCGAAGGUUCUCAUACUCCAAAUGGUAGUGCACAUAGCAUGGAUCCAAUUGAAGUUGCAUAUGCUGAUAAGCUUGUGAAAAUAAAAGGAAUUUUGUCAGGAGAGACAUCAAUACAGCUGACAUUACAAUUCUUAUACAGCCACAACAGGUCGGAUCUUUUGAUUCUGAAGACAACAAAACAGGCUGUGGAAAUGAGGAACAGUGUAUGCCAUAGUGCAACUAUAUGUGCUAAUGCAAUAAUGCAUGCAGGAACAACUGUGGACACAUUUCUUAGAGAAAACCUGGAAUGGUUAAGUAGAGCAACAAACUGGGCUAAGUUUAGUGCUACUGCUGGAUUAGGGGUUAUCCACAGGGGCCACCUUCAGCAGGGUAGGUCUCUGAUGGCACCAUACCUACCUCAGAGUGGUGCCGUGGGAGGUGGCAGUCCAUACUCAGAAGGUGGUGCCCUUUAUGCUCUAGGCUUGAUUCAUGCCAAUCAUGGCGAAGGCAUCAAACAAUUCCUUCGUGAGAGCCUCCGUAAUACUAGUGCUGAGGUUAUCCAGCAUGGGGCAUGCUUGGGUUUGGGAUUGGCAGCUCUAGGGACAGCAGAUGAGGAGAUAUAUGAGGAUGUAAAGAAUGUCCUUUAUACCGACAGUGCUGUGGCUGGUGAAGCUGCUGGUAUCAGCAUGGGAUUACUUAUGGUUGGGACUGCAAGUGAGAAAGCAAGUGAGAUGCUUGCUUACGCACAUGAUACACAACACGAAAAGAUCAUUAGGGGUUUGGCACUGGGAAUUGCAUUGACGGUCUAUGGAAGGGAAGAAGAAGCUGAUACUUUGAUAGAACAAAUGACUAGAGAUCAAGAUCCUAUACUUCGUUAUGGUGGUAUGUAUGCUUUGGCUUUGGCCUACAGGGGUACAUCAAACAACAAAGCCAUCCACCAGUUGCUGCAUUUCGCUGUAUCAGAUGUCAGCGAUGAUGUACGGAGAACAGCUGUUCUAGCCCUUGGAUUUGUCUUAUAUUCGGAACCUGAGCAGACACCAAGAAUUGUUUCCCUGCUCUCUGAAUCUUACAAUCCCCACGUCCGGUAUGGUGCAGCUCUAGCAGUAGGCAUUUCCUGUGCAGGUACUGGGUUGAGUGAAGCCAUUUCUUUGCUGGAGCCUCUUACAUCAGAUGUUGUUGACUUUGUUCGUCAGGGAGCCCUCAUAGCGAUGGCUAUGGUUAUGAUCCAGACUAAUGAAUCCUGUGAUGCCCGUGUGGGGACAUUCAGGCGACAGCUCGAGAAAAUAAUUCUCGAUAAACAUGAAGACACAAUGAGCAAGAUGGGUGCCAUAUUGGCCUCUGGAAUUCUUGAUGCUGGUGGAAGGAAUGUGACAAUUAAGCUGCUAUCCAAAACUAAGCAUGAUAAAAUCACAGCAGUUGUUGGGCUUGCAGUGUUCAGCCAAUUUUGGUAUUGGUAUCCCCUUCUCUAUUUCAUAAGCCUCUCUUUCUCUCCCACUGCCUUCAUUGGACUCAAUUAUGAUCUGAAAGUUCCAAGAUUUGAGUUCUUAUCAAAUGCCAAGGCUUCCCUAUUUGAGUAUCCACGCCCAACCACACCUCCCACAUCAACUUCAGCUGUCAAGUUACCCACUGCUAUUUUAUCAACAACUGCAAAAGCAAAAUCAAAAGCAAAGAAAGAUGCAGAACAUAAAGCUAGUUCUGAGAAGUCAUCCAGUGAAAAGGGUCCUAAAUCUUCUGAGAAGGAUGCCGAUGUGAUGCAGGUGGACAGCUCUUCGGAAAAGAAGGUGGAGCCUGAGCCGUCUUUUGAAAUUCUGACUAAUCCAGCAAGGGUCGUCCCUGCUCAAGAGAAGUACAUUAGAUUUUUGGAUGGUAGCAGAUAUGUGCCUGUGAAGCUGGCACCCUCUGGUUUUGUUCUUUUAAGGGAUCUUCAGCCAACUGAAGCCGAGGUGCUUGCUCUUACCGAUGGACCGUCGCAUGCAGCUAGUGCUGGAACCACCACUGUAGCUCAGCAGGGAUCUGGUUCUUCAGCAAUGGCUGUGGAUGAGGAGCCUCAGCCCCCACAACCUUUCGAGUAUACCACAUGAUGUUUUAUGGCCUUGCGCACAAUUUGGAAUAGAGUUCAUGACCGGGUGGGGAUUGAACUUCUUUUACUCGUUUCUUUUUGUGUACUCCCAUAAUUUUUUUCCUUUUUGUCCUGGAUAGUUAGUGUGAAAUUUGUUGGGAAGGGAAAAAUGUACAUUCAAUAGAGAGAGAGCUGGGUCUCUCUCUGAGACUGCUUGACGAAAGCGUUGGGGCUUUGGCAAAAAGAUGUACUCUACAAACAGAUAUGGCGCCCCACUCUGUGUUGCCGUCGGAUCAACUCCACCGUAGACUGCGAAACACGAUAAAGUUGUUCCCUUCCAGUGCCAGCAAUCUCUUUUAUGUUGGUAAAUCCAUAUUGAUGUUAGAAUUUUAGGUCAAAGCUUCACGUGUAUUGGGAAUAUUGUGGCUGAACCACUAGUAGUAGUUAAGCGGGGAGUUUCAGUUUGCAAGCAUGCAUCAUCUAUCUGUUCAAGUGAUGGUUGCUCAAAGGUAAAA